AAUUAUAUAUACGUACGCGUGCAUGAACAGUACCGGGUUGUCGUUGUCGUCUUCUAGUUCUGCUGGCAGUGUUGAAAAGACAGAAGUGGACGUAUCGUCUUCUACUGACAAGUGUUGAAAAAAAGCGCUCAGUGACCAUCUCGUGGAGUGCUCCAUUCUCUCUGGAUGUGACUGGUGUUGAUCCUGAUAUCUGGUACUCUGUCCUCAUCUACAAUGUGACAGAUGAGAACAACCCAACAGCCAUCCUCUGUACUGACUGUAUCAAUAUCACUGAGACACACUACACCUUCACUCCUGACUACCUCAGUCCUUGUCAUGUGUACAACUUCUCUGUCAUCCCUCUGAAUGGAGCUGGUCAGGGAGAGAGCAGUGGUAAUGUCACAAGUGCAACCAAAGUGGAAGUUGAAUCCCUGAAUGAUAGCUAUUGUGAAGUUGAAUUCAGUCAUUUAGUGCAUAACCAGUGUGCUGCUGUGCUGGCAUGUUGACAGAGAUGACAUCUACCAGCUAUGUCUGACAAAAUCGGGAGACCUGGACACAGGAACUACUAGUCUCACCAGACCCUCACGCAAGAGAGUCCAUACUAGAUUUAUCAACAGCCAGAGAUUAGCUCAGACCAUGGUCAUGGCUGCAUAAGAGACCGAGUCCUCCCAGCCACUCCCACCAGACCCCACUCCACCCCAGUCCCAGCUUCCAGAGGUCUCACCUCUUCAACUGCAGGAGAACUACCCACCCACUCCUCCACCACCACCACCUCCUCCACUCCAGUCCAGAGAGAUUGAGGAGAAAGUGAGCACCCCUCUGAAGAAACGCCAAUAUCUCGAUCCCCCAGGUUUGUAAUGUAGAACUGCAGUUGCGUUUGGCCGUAUGUGUGUGUACUAAGAGUACCAUUUCUGUGUGUGCUUGGCUGUGUUGCCAAGUGUCUUAGUGUGACACUAUAAUAAUCUGCUUCAGAUCUCUCAACAAUACACUUACUGUAUGAGUGUACUUGAGCAGUCUAGUGCAAGAAUAGCAUAUGUCCACUACCACCAAUCUUUCUAGCAUACUCCUUCAGACGAUCAUCGUUAUAUCAACCUAACCAGUCAGUAACCAACUCGGGUGCCUAGUCGAAUUUUUAAAGGUCAAAGGUUAAUCAUUCGCGCAUGCGCAGUACUAAAGGGUACUCGUGCGCCGUCUCGUCGUCCUUACCGCGCUGCAGCAAAGUGAUACAGCGCCCUAUGGCCUCCAAAGCAACGUUUGCAGGUCCCAGUGGGCUCUGCAUUGAAGCAACGGUUGCCCUCACGCUUCGGUCUGCGGGAAAUGGCGAGUCCACCAACGGCUCGAGCGACACUCCUGUGCGUCCGCGGAAGCGACAGAGAAGGCCCGAAACCUGGAAAAGAGCAGUCGCAAAGAGCAAGCGAGCCAAGGGGGAGGAGUAUACCUCCCCCAGCACAGGAGUAACAGUCCUUUCCCGCGGAACUGGACCCGACUGCAGGUGCCGACGUCGGUGUUUCGACAGUGUCUCCCAGAGUGAAAGGGCGGCCAUUCUUGCCGCGUUCUACGGGCUGGGGAGCAAGGACCUGCAGGAUGCGCACUUGUUUGGGCUGAUUCAAUCUAUUCCUGUGAAAAGGCGCCGGCCAAGGGGAGAUGGAAGAACAUCACGGCGAGCCACCUACACCUAUGUGGUUCGUGUUGCCGGGCGGAGUGAGACUGUCUGCCAGAAAGCCUUUGCCUCCCUCUACGGUGUUAGCGUCUCUAGGGUACGCCGGAUCGCUCAGGCCACCUCAACAUCAAUCUGUGCUCCAGUCGAUAAGCGUGGGAAGCACCCAAGGAGAUCAAGUGUCAUAGAGUUGGUUUGAAGAUUUCUGUGUACUGUUGUAACACCAGCACUGAUUUUUAGUUGCUGUUUGCAUUCUUUCACUUUGUGUGUCUGUUACCAUGAUCAUUCUGUCCUGUACACAUGCACCCACACUGAUAUGGUCCUGAACCUUAUACUUGUGUAUGUACCCAAGCCCAAUUUCAAAAAUCAUGACAGAUAUUGUACUGUACAAAAUGGUUGGUGAAAUUUACUCAUCAGUAGUGUCUGAUUGUGCUCUGGAUGAAAGGAUGUUGUGAUAGUACCCUUGAAACUCAGCAGGGACAUAUUUGUCCACUAUCUUCCUCAAGUCAACAGCUUUCUUCUCCUUCAAUUCAACUGGCUUGGAAUACUUGAGAGAGGUAAGAGGAUUGGGAAGUGUAGGAGUGCUACCACGCCUGAGAAUAGGGAAACUGUGCCAUUCUGCAUUGGGAUCGUAUUUAACCCAUACCUCGGUUGAAUGUGUACUGGAGUAUUCGAGUACUCGUGCAUUGGAGAUGUUCAUGGAUUUUUUCUUGUCGUUUUUUAUAACCUUCUUAAAAAACUUUGAAAAAUGCACAUGCCACUCAAGAAACAUACUCGUUUCACAAGCCACCACACUGAAUGGUUUACGGACUCUGGCCUGUUUGAUAACAUUCAUCCACUGCUCACAGGUGUAAAUGCGCUCGUGCUUUCUUUUCUUAAUCUCAGUCCGUCCAAAGUCCCUAUCAUUAGGGAGAAAGCUAUGCCCUCGAACAGGAAAAGAGUGCGUUAUUUUUGAAAAUCUUCCAGAAAACACUAGUGUGAAGAGAUAGCUCAUUAAAUUUGAAUUUUUAUUUUGACCUGGGCAUCCAUCAGAAUAGAGGUAGAGUGUAUCAAUGGUUGUAGGUAUAUAAGACAAAAAAUGAUGCAAGCACGAUAUCACUUCAUCGCUGCCCCUUUUUGCAAGUACCUCGGGCCAACAAUACAUACUCACGCUAUUAUUGCCGCAACUAUGGAUUCCAAAUACAUACAUCCACAGCUGUUGCAUAUAAAAUAAAUCACCGACUGGAAUGUGCGGCAAUGGGAUAUUUUGUUGAAAAUCAAAGGUAAGAGUUAAAACGGAUUGGUCACUCUUCGACAAAUUAGUUUUUUGACGAAGACUAGAGUAAAAAAUUUCAGCUGAAUCUAGAUGCAGACGAUGAUCCUGUUGGAUUUUCCGUUUGCAAGCUUGGUCAACUUGCAAGGCCAGCUUGUUCUUGAAGAUUUCAUAAGUAGGACACGUGUCUACCUUGGGCCUUCCAAAUGUAAGAUUGAAUUCACUGUUAAAAUUUUUGCAUAGUACGAAUACUUGACCAGGGGUGUUUCGCUAUUGCUUUCAUGUUUUUCAACAUAAAGCCUGUGCAUUUCAGCCACAGAGAGAAGGGGUGAGAGAUACUUGCGUGCCUUGCUCUUCCCCGAAGAGUAGUGGGACUUUAGAGCGGGGACAGACUUAAUGUGCUGACGAAUUUGUUCCUUAACCUCACCACCCAGCUGAAUUCGUGAUCUCCUUGGGUGCUUCCCACGCUUAUCGACUGGAGCACAGAUUGAUGUUGAGGUGGCCUGAGCGAUCCGGCGUACCCUAGAGACGCUAACACCGUAGAGGGAGGCAAAGGCUUUCUGGCAGACAGUCUCACUCCGCCCGGCAACACGAACCUGAGUAAUAAAAAAAAACACUUGAAAGUGCAUGUAUAUACAUAGCAAAUUGCAUGCACAUUCAUGGAUGAUGAGUAUUGCCGUAGCAGAUAUACUCCAGCAUCACUACACUCAUAGCAAGAACAGCCUCCCAAGCUUUGUUUCAAGUCUACCAAUGCUCUGGAUACCACAUGUGGGUACAGAGUCGCUUCUGUUACCAACUUCUAUGCAACAAGCAUGGUCUCUAGUUAAUGCACACCAACCCACACACACACUUACCACAUAGGUGUAGGUGGCUCGCCGUGAUGUUCUUCCAUCUCCCCUUGGCCGGCGCCUUUUCACAGGAAUAGAUUGAAUCAGCCCAAACAAGUGCGCAUCCUGCAGGUCCUUGCUCCCCAGCCCGUAGAACGCGGCAAGAAUGGCCGCCCUUUCACUCUGGGAGACACUGUCGAAACACCGACGUCGGCACCUGCAGUCGGGUCCAGUUCCGCGGGAAAGGACUGUUACUCCUGUGCUGGGGGAGGUAUACUCCUCCCCCUUGGCUCGCUUGCUCUUUGCGACUGCUCUUUUCCAGGUUUCGGGCCUUCUCUGUCGCUUCCGCGGACGCACAGGAGUGUCGCUCGAGCCGUUGGUGGACUCGCCAUUUCCCGCAGACCGAAGCGUGAGGGCAACCGUUGCUUCAAUGCAGAGCCCACUGGGACCUGCAAACGUUGCUUUGGAGGCCAUAGGGCGCUGUAUCACUUUGCUGCAGCGCGGCAAGGACGACGAGACGGCGCACUAGUACUGCGCAUGCGCGAAUGAUUAACCUUUGACCUUUAAAAAUUCGACUAGGCACCCGAGUUGGUUACUGACUGGUUAGGUUGAUAUAACGAUGAUCGUCUGAAGGAGUAUGCUAGAAAGAUUGGUGGUAGUGGACAUAUGCUAUUCUUGCACUAGACUGCUCACUUAUUCUGCAUGCUAGGAAACUACCAGGAGAAGAUUUUGAAGUGGCUUCACACUGGAGUGAGUCGUGGUUUCCAUGGGCCGGAUUUACUCAUUGAACUCUGCUCUGGGGGCUCCCUACUGGGUUGAGCUCCCUUCUUCAGCAGCCGUUCAGACAUAUUAUUAUAGACUGAGGCUGCUGAGAUUUUGCUGUUAUGAAGGACAAUGAUAUCCCUGAUGUCAGCUUUUAAAAAAUACUGUUGUGUAUGCUUGUCUGACAAGUAGUCAUGUUCUCCCACACUUUUUAUCUGGAAUUUUAUUGUGCAUAUUUUAAUUAUCCAAGGUUUUUGUUCUGAUGAACUGUUAUAAUAUUAUCGUCUGUUAAGAUGCCCACGCAUGAAUUGACUUGACGGUGCACCUU